GUUCCCCGGACGAACGAACGAGCGAACAAACAAACAAAACAAAAGUCUUUCAUUGCUCAUUCUGGUUCGACGAUUCCCGAUGGGUUUCGAUCUUUCGCAAGAUCGUCGUCGUCGCGCGCUCGACGAUAACGGCGAGGCAGCGGCUAGGCAGGCAAACAAAAGAUACAGCCGAAUCGAGCCGUCGCUCGCGAACGGAGUGGCGCCCGUUGCGUGACGCGCGCGGGCGCAUCGGUGCAUCAGUCGUUCAUCGGCACAUCUUGCCAAGGGCUCAUUAAUGCUCGUCGAUCGUUUGAUUCGUCGGCUGACUCUUCGCCAACGUAUCUACCGCGUGCCCGGCACCGUAUAUCACGAUUAUUUCCCUUUCCUUUGUCCGUGUGGAUUGUAGCUUGUUAUCGCGGCAGAAUGCCAGAUUGAUCGACGUUCGCGUCACGCGGGGAGCGAUCGGUCGCGUCGAAAGAAAGCGACUCACUUUACGCGCUUCCAUCGAUCGAUCGACGACUCGCCGGAGCUGUGAGCAUGUGGAGCAUGGCUGGCGUUUUAACUAGCGCGCAGCAGAAAUGCCACCGAUCGCGACGUUCUCUCUCUGUUAACGAUCGCAUUAGAGGCUCGAGCCUCUGCGUAUUGGGAAGUGUGCAAUAAAAUCUGAUUGCCGCUUUAUAGUCGAGCGAUCGCUGGGGUCCGACGCUGCGAGGGAGAUCGCACCCAAGACGGGCAAUCGCGCCAUUCAACUUUAAUUGGCAAUCAGAAGAAACGCCGCGCAUAAUGGCGCUACUCCUUUUGACAAGCCAGCGCCUCCGCCGGCCUCGCUGUCAGCUGCGACUCCACGUUUCCUCCGCUGAACGCGCGCACACCGAAGAACGGAAGCAACGAGAGAUGGACUCCAUCGUGUCCCGGAAGUGCACGGCCACUCCGACGCUCGUCGAGGGGUCAAUCGCCUCGCUACGAGGCGAAGUAAAGCGAGCGGCACCUUGGGCGAUUAGUCAGUGGCGAUUCGCGUGGCGGUGCACGCGCGCGCGACAAAAGAUAGCGCUGUGGUAGCGCGAGGCGCGGACAGAAGCGGGACAGAAGCGGGCGAAUCGCAGUCUGGCCGCGCGACCGAGCGGUGCGGCAUCGCUGUCGACGGGCGAUGGAGAGGAGGCCCAAUCCCAGGCUCGUCGCCGGCCCUUUCAGCCGCCUGCUCUUCUGCUGGCUGUUGCCGAUCUUCCGACGCGGCGGGGCCCGCGAGUUCCGGCCGAGGGAUCUGUACGAGGUGCUGCCCGAGAACGUCAGCGAGCCCAUCGCCGACAGAUUGGAGAACUACUGGCGGCUGGAGCUGUCGGACGCAGCCAGGGGACUGCGAAAGCCGAGCCUCUUGAAAGCCUUCGCGAGGACUUUCAAAUGGAGCUUUCUGCGAUACGCGCCUCACACUUUCGGCCAGCACGUAGUUUGCAAGGUAUCCCAGCCGUUGUUCGUUGGACUCUUAAUUUGGCACUUCGACGAGCGUUCAACAUCCAGCAUCCUGCAAGCCUGCAUUUAUGCCACAUGCUUCGUCUGCAUAAGCGUGCUCGACUCUUUAUUCUUCACUCACGUAAUGUUCAAUUUGAGAAGUAUGGGCAUCAACGCAAGACUCGCUUGCUCUUCGCUUAUCUAUCGAAAGAUCAUGAAACUACCUUACACGGCCAAACAACACACUAGAGGACGAAUAAUGACCCUACUGUCCAACGACGUAGUAAAACUAGAAUUUUGCUUUCUCUUCCUGCACACUUUCUGGAUAUUGCCUCUGCAAACCGUCCUCAUCACGUACUUAAUCUGGCGGAAUGUUGGCGUCACUUCGUUAGCUGGAGUUUUUGCCUUGGUAGCCCAAACUAUACCGGUUCAGGCGUUCUGCGGCAGCAUCAUCACUAAACUGCGGAGGAAGAUUGCCAUGAGGACCGACGAUAGAUUGUUGCUCACUGGAGAAGUCGUCAGGGGCAUUCGUGUCAUUAAGAUCUAUACCUGGGAGAAACCGUUCGAACAGUUUGUUUUCCAAGCAAGAAGAUGUGAAGUCGAUGUGAUAGCAGUGGCAGCAUACUUGAGAAGUGUCUUGUGGUCGGUAACGGCGUUUGCCCAACGGACGCCCGUGUUCUUAACAAUAACGAUUUACGUGCUACAAGGCCACAGUAUAAACGCUUACAAGAUAUUCACUCUUGUGCAAUUUUUUAACGUUCUUCACGUAAUGAUGGGCUCGUACUUCCUGCGUUCGGUCAAUACUCUCUCCGAAGGCAUAGCUUCGUUGAAACGCAUUCAGGAAUUCUUGCUUCUGGACGAACAAGUACCAAACGUCCAAACUUUACCAGGCAAAGAUGAAGAAACAAUGAUUGUCGUGAAGGAUGUGAGUGCCAUGCCGGUAGAAAAGGCGGACGUUGACAUAUUGCAUGAUAUCAACCUUCGCAUAGAUCGAACCUCAUUAUACGCGAUUGUUGGUCCAGUUGGAGCAGGAAAGAGCUCACUUUUCAAGCUGAUUCUUGACGAGCUGAAAUUGAGCAAAGGCCAAGUUCACAUUCACGGGAAGCUGUCGUAUGCCAGCCAAGAACCAUGGCUCUUCAGAGGCACCAUUAAGAGCAACAUUUUAUUUGGAGAAAUUUACGAUGAACAUCGAUACGAACAAGUUCUCAAAGCUUGCUCACUUCUGGAAGAUUUUGACCAAUUACCUUAUGGGGAUGAGACUGACGUUGGAGAAGAUGGAGCGACUUUAAGUGGUGGACAAAAUGCAAGAAUCAACUUAGCCAGGGCAGUUUAUAAAAACGCUGACAUCUAUCUAUUGGAUGAUCCUCUGUCUGCCGUUGACAGUCGAGUUGGUGAACGACUUUAUAAUGAUUGCAUCAAUGGUUUCUUGAAGGACAAAACUCGAAUUCUAAUAACACAUCAGAUGAAGUACUUGCAACACGCAGAUGAGAUCAUCCUUAUUAAUAAUGGACGCAUCGAGUACAAAGGAAAUUAUUCUUCACUGGAAAAGUCACAUGAACUUUUUAAAGAUUUGAAUGUUAAUGAUGCCAAUGAUUUAGAACCAGAUACAAUUGAGAAUAUUAAAAAUUCUAUGUCACCUGCACAAUUGUAUACCGUUGGUACUAUUGAUGAUAGCGAUAAUGAAAAAGAAUCAAAAGAAACAGAAAAGCUAGUAAAGCCCCAAACGAAUAGCGGAACGACCGUUUUCAAGGAAAAAGUGAAAUCAAAUGAAAAUAAUAUAAAAAUUAAGAGAAAUAUCUAUUGGAAGUACAUAACCACCGGCGGUUCUUGUAUUUUGCCUCUCAUCACAUUCGUGGCUUUCAUUAUAGCACAAUUAAUGUGCAGUAGCUGUGAUUACUUUAUUAAAUACUGGACUACGAAGCAAUCGAGGUCUUUAAAUAAUAUAACUAAAUUUAUGAAUACCUCGGAAAUUGGUGCAACGAAAUUAACCGAAAAUCUUGACUCGUAUACUGCAGUCUACAUAUUUGGAGCACUAAUGAUAGGAAUCAUCAUCAUGUCUGUAUUAAAAAUGGUACUUUACAGUACUGUAUGUAAAAAAUCAAACAGAAACAUUCAUAACAUGAUGGCAAAUAAUUUGAUGAGGACACCAAUGUCAUUCUUCGAGACCAAUGAUUCGGGCAAAAUUAUUAAUCGAUUCUCGAAAGAUCUGAGUGCAGUAGACGAGAGAUUACAAGCGAUGACAGUGGAAACAAUCGAGUAUUUUUUCAUUGUAAUUGGGGUCGCGUUACAGAUAAUUAUAAUCAACGAAUGGUCAAUCCUAGUGAUAGCAAUGAUGACUUUUCUUUUCUACAAAGGGAGAGUUAUCGCGAUCAAAACAACUAGAAGUAUGAUGAGGAUAGAGGGUCAAAUGAAAAGUCCUGUCUUCUCUCACGUCAAUUCUUCAUUCACUGGAAUCCUAACAAUCCGAGCUUGCAAAGCACAAUCCAUGGUUUGCAAACAAUUUGACGCUCACCAGGAUAAUCACACGGCAGCAGCGGCGACUUUGCAAUACGCACUAGUAGCGUACAACUUGUACCUGGACCUGGUGAUACACGGAUUCAUAGCUUUCAUCACCUACAGCUUCGUGAUCUUUAAAGACAGUGAAAUAUCAGGUGCCGAUGUUGGUUUGGCGCUAACUCAAGUUUUGAUGUUGACUGGAAUUCUGUCUAGAGCUAUCAAGCUGACUGGUGAUAUCGAGACACAAAUGGUUUCCGUUGAAAGAUUGUUUGAGUAUACCGAGUUGGAGAAAGAAGGUUUAUUGAAUGAUGAUACUUGUCAGAAACCAUCGAGUUCGUGGCCAAAUCAAGGGAAGAUUCGAUUUGAAGGUGUGUCUUUAAUAUAUUGCCAGAACAGUGUGCCGACGUUAAAAAAUCUUAGUUUUGUCAUCGAAGCUGGUGCUAAGGUUGGAAUCGUCGGACGAACCGGUGCUGGAAAAUCAUCUCUGAUAGCAGCACUUUUUCGAUUGGCCAAAGUCAACGGUGCGAUAUACAUCGACGACGUCGACACCGGCACAAUAAGUCUGAAACAACUGCGAAAAAACAUCUCCAUUCUCCCGCAAGAACCGAUUUUCUUCUCGGUAACCUUACGUCAGAAUCUUGAUCCCUUGAAUGAUUUCGACGACGCAUCGCUUUGGUCAGCUUUGCAGGACGUCGAGUUGAAUCGAAUAUUUCAAAGUUUAGACGCGACUUUGGACCAAAGUAACCUGAGCACUGGCCAACGGCAAUUAUUAUGUUUGGCACGCGCUAUCCUUAAGAAGAAUCGAAUCCUGGUGCUGGACGAAGCGACCGCUAACGUAGAUGCCAACACCGACGCCUUAAUACAAAAAACCAUCAGAGCCAAAUUCAAGGACUGUACCGUGUUGACUAUCGCUCACAGAUUGCACACUAUCAUGGACUGUGAUAGAAUCCUCGUGAUGGACCAAGGUUGCGUUGUCGAGUACGAUCGGCCACUUGUGUUGCUGAAGAAAAACGACGGGUUCUUCUCGAACAUGUGGAUGCAGAAUGACGUCGUUUCGUCGGAACAGCUCGCGAGGAUAUCGGAAAAGGUGUCCAAGAGAGAUUGACGAAGUCGCGCGGUAGUUUUAGGGUACAAUCAGUAUUUCUUUUUAUGUUUUUAUUGACCUAUAGAUAACGUACGAGUAAAACGUUGUGUACAAUUUUGUAUUUACGUGUCCGUGGUAAGUUGAUAGCAAACUCAUAAUUAUCGUUUUCUUAUUCCCUGGCAAAUUCGUAAGAUAUCGUGGGUACGCGAAAAAUACACUAUGAAUGGUUAAAAAAAAUAUAUUUUUAUGAAAAAAAAAGAAAAAAGAAAAAACCAUCUCG